UAAUGUAUAAAAUAAUUUAAAUAUAGUAAAUUUUAUGUUUAAACUAUUUAUUAAAAUAAGUGACAUUUGGAAUGGAAGUUGCUAAUGAGCACUUUGAAUAAGUUAGAAUAACAGUACGUAGUGCAUUAGAUAUUCUAUAAAAGAUGGCUGUUUUGGAAUUGAAACGCACUAAUUUACUUAUUGGUGUAAAUGAUACGAUUCUCAUUCACAAUUUAGCUGAAAGUACUACUACAGAUAUAAAAAUAGUCCAGUCAAAUCCCAAAAUCAAAGAAAACAUUUGCAUGGUAGCAUUCUCAAAAACAUGUGAAUACUUUGCAAUUGUGACUGAUCAAAAAGUAUUGCACAUUUAUUUCAAAACAGAUUCUUAUGAUUGCAUUGAAACAUAUUCAAUGUCGAGAGCAGCCAGUGCUAUGAAAUUUUCAGAAAAUUGCAAUAAGUUAGUUAUAGCAGAUAAAACAGGAGAUGUGUAUCUUGCAGAAAAAAAAAAUAAAUGGCAUCCAAAAUUAAUUUUGGGACAUCUUAGCAUGUUGCUAGAUGUCUUAUUAACACCAGAUGAUAAAUGCAUUAUAUCAUGUGAUAGAGAUGAGAAAAUUAGAGUUUCUGCUUAUCCCGAUACUUUUAAUAUUGUAGCUUAUUGUCUUGGACAUGAAGAAUUUGUAUCUUCAUUAGAUAUAUUGACUGAACAUCCAGAUAUAUUAUUUUCCGCAUCAGGUGAUGCUACUAUAAGAGCAUGGCAUUAUCUCACAGGGCAACAACUUCUUUGUGUUAAAUUAUCAACUGCUAUAAUAUCAAUGAAAGUAAAUGUGAUUGGUGAAAAAAUUAUAGCAAUUGCUUUAUUGUAUAAAUCUUGCGAUGUUAACAUUUGCAGCAUAUCAUUUACAGCUGCAAAUUUUAUGGAAUGUAAUAUUCUACAAACAAUAAAAUUACCAGCAGAAGCAACUAAAUUCACUUCGUAUGAAAAAAACUUAUACUUCUUAGGAAACAAUUAUUUAGUUCAAUAUUGUUUUGAUCCAGAGAAAAUGCUAUACAUUAAAGUUGAAAAUGUUGCAUGUCCUAUGGUUCAAGAAAUAGUAACUCAAAACAAAUGUGCAGAUUUGCAUAGUUUUACUGCUAGUUUAUUCAAGAAGCAAUAUAAUAAUGUUGAAGAAUAUCAUAAAAGGAAGCAAAUGAGAAUGAAUAAAGAUCUUACAUUAUAG